ACAGCGUUCGAGCAUAGUUCGGUCUUCCUUACGCUUCAGUCUUUGAUUUCUCUUCUUCGGCAUCUUCACUACCUAGCUAUCUCCGAUAAUAAACAUGUUUGACCCUCACUGGCAGGAGCUUCCACGGAAACGCCAGAGGGAAGAUGAGGAGCAAUACAACAGUACACAGGUUAACACGGGAGACGGUAUGAAUGGGACUUUGGGCUUUACCGAGCACCGUAAUAAACGUCUACAAUCUCUUCCUCUGCGCACUUCUCCAACACAGAAACGAUGGCCAGGACCACCGGGCUUUCCGGCGGCGGCAGCAACUGCAGCAACAAUCCCCCCUUCCACUAUCACACCGACCGAAUCCGACUCAGAAGAUAUGCAACAUCUGCAACAAUCAAAUCCACCCAUGGACAUCGAUAGGGACAUGGACAUGAUGAUGGAUUCCUCGUCCGAACCGUUCCAACCUGGCCCGUCCCAAGCAGACUCCCUCAACGCCAGUAUUACCGGACGGUUACCCACCCCCAUACAUUGUACUUUUGCAGCGCAAGUGCGAGGACAGAGCUGGGGCCCGAUGAACCAAACAGUGCAUGCAACAAAUCGGUCGAGCAAUGCUAUGGUACCGGAUAAUGAAUGUGAUUUUGCGCACACUCAGCCGUUCCCUACGAAACAUGACGAAUCUUCGGUACCAAGAUCUCUAGGUGGUGCUAUUGAAUGGUCCAUGGCCCAAAACCGACGUCUCCCGUCUCCUAUUAGUGAGAGUGGCGGCGAAGAUAUGCCAGUAAGCCCAGGUAUGGUGCUGGACUCUGCGUCGUCUCAGCCCCAGAGACCUUACUUACCUCAUAUGCCUCGUUCAACAAACCCUCACGCCAUGGCUCUCCACCCCAAUAUCCAGACCAUCCCUCAAGUCAUCGACAACGAUACCGGUAUGAUGGAUACGGAUCCCGCAUCAUCCCCCUCCUCGGCGCCAGCUACACCGUCGCCAAGAGGCAAGUUUGGCCAUUCACGUAGCAAACAUACCGUCAAUAACUGGACACUCCAACCCGGCAUGAAGAAGUCAUUCAGUAUAGGCUACCGAGCUGACUGCGAGAAGUGCCGCAUGAAGAUUCCGGGUCACUUUAACCACAUUAUUAUCUCCUAGCAUAGCUAGCAUAGGGUUGUCAUUGAGCUACGCACCUAGCUUGAGGAUAUGAUAAGGUUUGCCGAAGACGAGAUAUUACCUUAACAUGAACGUUCCCAAAAGGAGACGAGCAAGGAUAAAUCACAUAUUAAGACGUCUUCAAAUAUCAUUUUUCCAACUCCUAGUGGGAAAUACGUGGGCCAUAUUCCAGGCAACCCUCUGGAU